UUCAUGUAUAUUCGAAUACCAUUGUGCAAGAAUAGACAAUUCUCCACAUUCCACACACCAUGCUAGAAUACAUCCGAGGUCCAACGAAAAUCACAAACGUCUUUACAUGUCUACGAGGAACAGCGUUUGAACCUGAAAUAGAUGCUGCUAUUAGGACGCUUAUUGACGCGUGUUUUGUUGUUUAAAGGAGAUGCUUAAAAAUUGGUUUUUUGUUUCAGCGUUAAUGUUAUGCCGUACAAGGAUUCUUGCAACUAAUGAAAAACAAAACAAACAUGUUCAAGAUAAGAAUCAAUUGCCAACUAAACAAAAACAAAUAAAACAUUAAUAUUAUUAAUAAUAAUAAGAGACAAACAAGAAGAUAACACCUAGAAAUGAAAGAGGUUCAGUUUCAAUGAUGUUGUCUCAUUGUCAAUCAUUUCUAUAAAACAAUUAGCUUAAAAUUUAUGCACUUUUUAAAUCAUGUAUUAUGAUGAAUAUUCUACUGGCCUGCGUCCUUGUUCAUGAUAUUAUAACUCAAUUUUCUUAACUAUAUAUGAAAAGUUUACGUCUCGAAGUAAUUAGUCCAAGAUGUGGAAGCUCAAGUAUUCAGAAAGCAAAGAGGGUGAAGAGUUUGUUACAAGUGUGAAUAAUCACACCGGAAGACAAUAUUGGGAGUUUGAUCAACAUGCUGGAGCUGAACAAGAACGAGCUCAAGUGGAACAAGCUCAAAAACUAUUUUAUGAUAAUCGUUUCGUAAAUAAAAACAGUUCUGAUCUCAUAAUGAGACUCCAGUUUGAGAGGGAAAAAGGUUUAAAGAUGAAACUAGAUAACAAUAAGGUGAAGAAAAUGAAGAAGGUGGAAUUAGAAGAUGUGAUAAGUGAAGAAAUAGUAAGAAAGACACUGAAAAAAGCAUUGAGAUGUUACUCAAAGCUGCAAACUGAGGAUGGUUUCUGGCCAGGUGACUAUGGUGGUCCGUUGUUUCUUAUGCCUUCUUUGGUGAUAGGAUUAUGGGUAACUGGUGCCCUUAAUGCAGUGUUAACCUUAGAACAUCAAACCGAAAUGAGACGCUAUCUCUUUAACCACCAGAACAAAGAUGGAGGGUGGGGAUUGCAUAUAGAAGGUCCCAGCACAAUGUUUGGCACAGUUAUGAGCUAUGUAGCAUUGAGAUUACUCGGAGAAGAGGUCGACGGUGGAGACGGGUCCAUCGAAAUAGCAAGAAAAUGGAUUCUUAAUCGAGGCGGCGCCACUUCCAUUCCUUCAUGGGGAAAACUAUGGCUUUCAGUACUUGGAGUAUAUGAAUGGAGUGGAGUGAAACCAAUCCCUCCAGAAAUAUGGCUUCUUCCCUACUUUGUUCCUUUCCAUCCAGGAAAAAUGUGGUGUCACACUCGACUUGUAUACCUACCGAUGUCCUAUUUAUACGGUAGACGAUUUGUGGGACCUUUCAGUGCCAUUGUUUUAUCUCUUAGAAAAGAGCUAUAUACGUUACCUUAUCAUAUACUUGAUUGGCACCAUGCUAAAUACCUAUGUGCUAAAGAAGAUUUGUAUCAUCCAUCUCCAAUCAUACAGAAUAUUUUAUGGCCUUUUCUUGACAAUCUUGCUGAACCUCUUCUCAUGCAUUGGCCCUACUCUAAACUAAGGAACAAAGCACUUAAUCAUGUUAUGAAACAUAUUCACUACGAGGAUCAAAACACUAACUAUAUCUGUCUUGGUCCUGUUAACAAGGUACUAAACAUGAUUUGUUGUUGGUUGGAGAACCCUGAUUCUGAGGCAUUUAAGUAUCACAUUUCAAGAAUCAAAGAUUAUCUAUGGCUGGCUGAGGAUGGAAUGAAAAUGCAGGGAUAUAAUGGUUCUCAGAAUUGGGAUGUUGCUCUAUCUGUUCAAGCUAUCAUAGCGACUAAACUUGAUCAUGAAUACGGUUCCAUGCUUAAGAGAGCUAAUAAUUUCUUAAAACUCUCACAGGUAAGAAUGAAUAGGUCUGGUGAUAGUAAUAGCUGGUAUCGCCACAUUUCGAAAGGUGGUUGGCCUUUCUCAACUCAAGACAAUGGUUGGUCUGUAUCAGAUUGCACUGCAGAGGGCUUGAAGGCAGCCAUUUUGUUAUCAAACUUGUCAUUUGAAACUGUUGGGAACGCAGUGGAAACAGAACAGCUCUGCGAUGCAGUUUAUUUUAUUUUAUCCCUGCAGAAUGGAAAUGGUGGAUUUGCAUCCUAUGAGCUCACAAGAUCUUAUGCAUGGAUGGAGAAAAUAAAUCCAACAGAAACAUUUGAAGAUAUCACCAUUGAUUAUCAGUAUGUAGAAUGCACAUCAGCAGCGAUUCAAAGUCUCACCUUAUUCAAUCAACGAUAUCCGUGGCACAGGAAGGCGGAAAUAGAGACCUGCAUAGCUAAGGCCGCAAACUUCAUCGAAAGCAUACAGCUAGCGGAUGGCUCAUGGUAUGGAUCAUGGGGAGUAUGCUUUACAUAUGGGACAUGGUUUGGAAUAAGUGGGCUUAUAGCUGCAGGUAAGAGGUACAAUGAUAGCAAAAGCAUAAGAAAGGCAUGUGAGUUUUUGCUUUCAAAACAACACAAGGUUUCAGGUGGGUGGGGUGAGAGCUAUCUCUCAUGCCAAUACAAGGUAUACACAAAUCUAGAAGGAGACAAGUCUCAUGUAGUGAACACUGCUUGGGCUAUGUUGGCACUUAUUGAAGCAGGCCAGGCUGAGAGAGAUCCGGAUCCAUUGCAUCGUGCGGCCAAGGUUCUGAUUAAUUCACAAAUGGAAAACGGGGAGUUUCCUCAACAGGAAAUAAUGGGAAACUUCAACAAGAAUUGUACUAUCAAUUACUCAGCAUACAGAAACAUUUUUCCCAUAUGGGCUCUUGGUGAAUAUCGAAGUCGGGUACUGAACAAAGAGUCGAGAGCAACUGUAUAAUAAUGAGCUACACAAGUGGCGGUAAAUAAAAUAAAGCAGGAGGCAAAUAAAAAGGACAAUAAGAGGUGCAAAGUUUAUGUUGAAUAAAACAAAUAGUGUGAAAUGUAAAUUUGAAUAUAAUUGAUGUGAAAUAUGUGAUACAAAAAUUGUGAUCCUAUGAGGAUGAGAAGACCAUGUUACAAGAAUUCCUUGAUGAGAUUCCCCAUUACUACACUAAACCAUAACUAGUGAUUAUUCAGAAAAACAUUGCUUGAUCAACAAUUACAUUACUGAGCUUGACAUGAUGCAGCAGUGAGUGGUUAAACUCCUGAUAAAGGAUUAACUUGAUAUGAAAGUGCAAGCUUCCACAAAUCGACCAAAGCCUUUUUCGUCGCAAUCACAUGUAUUCUUACAACCCUAAACAUGUCCCAAACAAGAACAACUCACAAGCUCUAAAUCCCAAUCUAGCAUACUAUUGGUGAAAGUUUGCAUCUUGAGAGUGUAUUUAUCUUAAAAUCUCAUAUUUAAAUUCCGC